GCAAAGUUAUCUACCGCUCAUGCCCAAGCCCCAACGAUAUAACGAGCCUCCUUCGUACCAGCGCGAAGUCCUUGUGACGCGGUGUUCGUCCCAGUAUCCUCCCAUUCUCCGAUAUUCGCCCGAGUCUCUCUCGAGGAAGUAACGGCCGUGUCAGCCUGACGCAACGUCUGCUCAUCUCGAUUCCCGCCAAACACGCGUACCCUCAACCUCGGCCUCUUCCCCUCGCUGGCGCACCUCGUCCCCGGCUAAACUGAUUCGUGGCGGCGACUACCCGAGCACGUGUACACGGGCGUCGGGACGACAGCCGAGCGGCGUCGAUCCCGCUUCCCCGUGCGCACCGCCAUAGGCGCGGAUCUCAGCGGCGCCCGGUCGGACGCGGCCUCAGUGCCGUCCCGCAUCGCUCGGCAACAUGGCCGACCCGAAGAAAUACACGCACGAGUACUUCAAGCUCCGGAGGCUGACCAACGAAAUCGACUGUCAGAUUCGCCGGCUCUCCUCUGAAUACGGACUUACAGAAGACCAAGUCGCAGAAUUCAAAGAAGCUUUCAUGCUUUUCGAUAAGGACGAAGAUGGCACUAUCACAAUGGCCGAACUGGGAGUUGUCAUGCGUUCAUUGGGACAAAGACCUUCGGAAACGGAACUACGAGAUAUGGUGAAUGAAGUUGAUCAAGAUGGUAAUGGUACGAUUGAAUUCAACGAAUUUCUACAAAUGAUGUCUAAAAAGAUGAAGGGAGCCGAUGGCGAAGAUGAACUUCGGGAAGCUUUUAGAGUAUUCGACAAGAAUAAUGAUGGCUUGAUUUCAUCAGUCGAAUUAAGACAUGUAAUGACAAAUCUUGGUGAAAAGCUAUCGGAGGAAGAAGUAGAUGACAUGAUAAAAGAAGCGGACUUAGACGGAGACGGAAUGGUGAAUUACGAAGAAUUCGUGACUAUUCUCACGUCAAAGAAUUAGUUGGAUCGAGGGAAUCUAGUGGCAGGAGCAGCAGCAGCUCCGCGGUGCCGCAGUCGAUGUUAAAGUGGUCGCGAACAAGGAUGAUGAAGAGCUGUGUGAACGUGGGCAGAAGGAGCAGGGCGAAGGGACGAAAUGGAUAGGCAGUCGUGAAAGCGUCGAUAGUCAAGGCCAAGUCAGCGAGGUUCUUCUUUUCAGGUUUGUAAAUGAGAAUAAAUAGUUGGACUCGAGGCGUUUUUAUGAAUUGAGAGGAACGGUAGGCCAAUGUGACCGUGUGUACAUUGUACAUAAGUAGGCGCUGCUUAUUACGAAGACUUUGCGCAGAAGAGAAGUUGGAAAUAAUUUAUGCAGAAUUUGUCUAAAUAAUAAGUGCGAGAAUAUCAUGUCUUUGAGUGCAUUGACUUUAGCGCGGAUGAUUCGCCGUUGCAACUGCACAAUUAGACUGCAAAGUAGAACAAGAUUUUUAUUAUAUCUUCGUAUUUCUUAUCAAGCUUAUUUUUAUUUUAUAUUAACAAACCGAGAAUUCGUUAUGCGGUAUGCAUUAUCUUAAGAAUAAUAAGUAAGCCAUAAACUGCUUUUAAGUAGUUUGUUAAUAAUCUAGACCGUGUGCUUACCAAACGUUCAUUAAUUUUUCAAUUGUACCAGUUUUUAUAAGUAUAUAGAAGUGUUCUGCAUUAAGUGAAAUUGUUUGGCUUUUGUUAUACAAAGUAUAAACAAUGAAGAAGAGGUAGAAAUUACUUUCGCAACCUCGUGAGCAAUUCUUUAUAAUACAUACAACCCUUUCUUCGCCGAUGUAAUUUAUUGUAACGUAUCUUGUGUUAAAGUCGAUAAUAAUGUAUACGGAUGCGUAUGCAGGCUGCACGAAUCGAGAGGAUUUUUUGAUCGAUAGAGCUUGAUCUAGAUUCAAAGAUAUACACGACAUUACAGUUAUAGAUAUGAGAUUUUAAGUUUUAGAUAUGAAUUUAUGAAUAAGACGGUACAAAGGUCGCUUCAGAAACAAUCAACAGAGCUUCGAAUAGAAAUUUUACAAAUGCGAAAUAUGAAAGAUAAAAACGGAUAAACUAAAAGUUUCAGAACA